AUGGAUAUACUUCUCUUCGGACAACUAGUUGAUUUUCCUCAUGAAAACAAAGGAUUCCUUGAGAGAGGUAGAAAUGCCAGGCAAUAUUGGAACUGUGUUUGGAUGUUGCAAAUACAUAAAGAUAACCAUUUAUGGAAUGACAGAGUCGUUCAAAAGUUACAAAAUCGGAAUGAAAUAACCUUAAGUUCUGUGUGUCAAUGGGUUGCGUCAUAUGAUGGUAUAUUGAAAUCAGUUACAACAGAAAACUAUUGCUUGAAAUUCAGUAUAAGGAUAUUUUCGAAACGAAACUAUGAAAAGUUUCGUCACUUAUUGGUGGAGAAUCAAUUAGAAAGAGAUUUAGAACCAAUCUUGUUAGAUAAAGAGGUUUUAGAACACAAUUCUAGAAGCAGAUAUCAUAUGAAAAUUCUUCAUCGUCGUUCUUCUUACACUGUCAUUACAAAGGAGGCUGACGGAUAUGAAAGUGAUGACUCAGCACUUUCCUCAAAUCCAGACCUUGAGAAUCUAGCUCAGGUAGCUAUGCCAGACGAAUGGUUUAACAACUUCACACGGCGUGUGGACGAAAUGCAGACAGAAAUAAGAGAGUUUAAACAGAAUUUUAUUGAAGCCUUAAAUGAAAACUUUAAAGCAAUAUCUGAAAAACUUUAUGGACAAAUCAGAGAAGUUCAUAGAAAGAUGGAAAGACUGAAUGAGGAUGUAAAGAGUAGUGAUGCACAAACUGAAAAGAUGUCCAGCGGCAGGUUUCAGCAUGUAUUUCAGAAAAUUGAGCUUUUACGUCGGCAGCAAGAACAGACGUUUUCCAAAGUUGCACAGCUUGAAAGUACCACGACAGAAUCAAACGCACUUGUUUUUGAACUUCAUCAAAAAGUGGAUUCACUGAGAAGGACAGUUCAACAACACAGUGGAGAUAUAGAGAACAAAUCUUCAGAGUGCUCGCGGAUAAAGGAACUAUUAGCAAUGAUUAUAAAGAGCUUGGAAAUGGACUGUUCACUGAAAUGUAAACUUAGUCCACAAGGUUUAUCAAGAGAACAGCUUACUGUGAAAUCUGAGGAAAUUUUUUUAAAUGUUAGACAAUCUGAUCAGGUUAAUUGUAACGCAUCUAGAGACUCUAAUGAUUCGGAAAACAUUGAGUCCCAUUCUUCCAUGUCGACAGAGGACACAAACGGAAUUCCAGAUAAAAAAUCAACGCUGACAUUCAAGGGCGAGAUGGAUGAUCUCUCAUCUUGUGAAUUUAAUGAUACGAUAUACCCCUUCUAUUCUGAAGAACAUGUUAUCAAACAAGUACCGACCGACAUCUCUCCAGAAUCAAAUAGACCCUUAUCUCCUACACUCGCAAAGGCAAUCAGCGAAUACGGAAGUGAAUUAUUAAUUUCAGAUGACGGGGAAGAGACAGAAUUGCUAGAAGAUAUAACCACGGAAUCAGCAAGUUCUGAAGAGCCAGCGGAUACAGAAUCUUACCAAAACAUUAUCACUGAAACAAAUAGAAGUGAUCAGCAAUACGUAAUGAUGAAAUAUUGUACACAUAGUAAUCGAACUUUGAACCUCUCUGAUCAUAAAAACUCUAAACUAGUCAGAAGAACAACAGAGAAGGUUCCUGAAGAUUGUAAGGAAGAAUUAAAUCUGUCAAAAAUAAAUCCUUCUUAUACAGAAAACACAUGCAUUUCUGAUGAUAGAAUACAAAUAAACAAUGAAAUUGAUCAUAAUAAUGCUGAUGUGGAAGUCAGCAACAGUGAAUGUGAUACAGAUAUUGAGGAAACCUUAAAAGUGUCCGGUUUGACAAAAUCUAAACCAGUAAUACGAACGGUUAAAGAGGCUCUAAAAGUUGAUCAUGAAGAGAGCCGUCUUCACGGGCUGGACACUAUGUUAUGUGUUGAUGUAUCAGGAAGUAUGACUUCAAAAGUUAUGGAACAAGUAAAGUCAAGCAUCUUUAGCUUUUUGGAUGUUGUUGAAGAAAUUGCUAUAGAUGAUGGUUUAGAAGAAAAUAUAGGACUUACUGUUUUUGGAAAGGAAACAAAAAUAUUAGUCCAACUUACAAACGACUACACCAAAUUUAGACGGGCAAUCGAAAGUCUAACAGUUGGAGGGACUUCCCCGAUACACACUGCACUAUCUCUAUGUCGACUAGAGCUACAACGUAAUGGACAUGCAACAUGUAUACAUGAACACUGUAUAGCACCACGUAUUAUUUUGUUUACUGAUGGUCGUGUUACUCGAGAUUCGUAUAUGGAUAUGUCGGAGAGUGAACAUGCACCAAAGGAUCCAGAGAAAUAUGAGGAGAUAACAACAUUUGUACAGCAAUUAGGAACCGAGGGUUUUCAGCUAUUCACUGUGGGAACAGGACGGCAAACAAACAAGGAAUUUCUUGAGAGGCUGGCAAAUUUGGGAGGAGGAAAGUAUUUUGAUUUGGACAAUAUUUCGGUUUUGACAAAACACUUCAAAUAUCAGUUCAUUGUCGGAGAAGUAAUACAUAGAUGCAGGGAAACUUCCAUAGGCUAUUUGAAUAUGGAUUAUAAAACACAACUCCAACAAAUAAUAGGAAACCAGACCUGUAAGAUUGACCAGGAGGACAUUGUUCAAAUAGAGGAGUUUUUAUUGUCGUCAGAAGAGUUGACUGAUGUCGAGUAUCCGGGUCUACCAAAGCUCGGAUCUCGUGUAAAAACUAACACUGGAGAGGUGGGAACGGUGGUGAAACACAGAAAACUUAAUUGGAUUAAAAUUAAACUCGACAGUGGUGAUAUUAUUUAUCGGCACUUCAUACAAAACGCACAGAAUAACGAAUUAGCAACAAUAGAUGAUCCCCGAAAAGCAAAAGAUGAAUUUGACUUUUGUGUCGGUGCAAUGGUAGUUGGAGGUGAUCCAACCAAUAAUAGAAAAGGAUUUAUUUACGACAAACUGAAUUUAGGAUUUGUUAAGGUGAAGUGGCAAGAUGGAUUGAGAGAAAUUUUGAAAAUACAUGACCUCCGCCUUAUAAGAAAUGGAUCUCGAACUGAAAGAUGCGAUUUUUGACGAUUGCCGAAAGAAGUCCACACUAAACAUUGUAUUUUUUAUCUUAAAUUUUAUUUUUGUCAUAUUUUACUGUAUGCAUAUAUUUUAAAUAAUAUAAGAAUGGAAUAAAAAUAUUUACUUAUAUUUGAUGAAUCAAAGUUAAAAAUUUGCAU